AUGGAGACGGUGCGGAGCGGAGAAAGGGUCUGCGCAGCUGUCCCACGGGCGCUCCGCGGACGGUCGGGCGCUCCGCCCUCGCAGGGGCCGCGGCGGCGCGCCACGCGAACACAGCGGCCAGUCGCCCGUCGCACUCCGACCGAAUCGGACGUCCGUCACGCCACCAAGCGCACGCGUUCAACCAUGCGGGAUGAGCUCGCCUGGGGUCAAUGUCCUCUCGUCACGGAGGUUGCACGAAAGUCACCGGGUGCUCCUUCGCCUCGAGUCGAAGCCGUGCUGCGUUGGGGAAUCGAUGGCGGCAUUGUAAAAUCCGAAUCUCGAGGCCUCGGCAGCCCUUCACUGAUGAGGAUCUGUGUCAGGGUCCUCCUGCAGACCCUACAGCCCCCCCCCCCCCCCCCCGCCGCUCCCCGCGCGCCGCCCACUCGCGAGCACCCCUGCGACAGU